AUGCAGCUCACCAACGUCUUCAUCUCCUUCGUCCUCGCCACCGCCGUCUCGGCAAAGGGCCACAACAACGGCACCACCAGCGUCAAGUCAGCCAGCGUCAAGUCCCAAUGCCACGAGGUCGCCAAGCUGACCAGCGACGUCGAGCUCGCCACCAACGACACGCAACUCGGCGACCACUUUGACAACAACCAGACUGAAAUAGCCGCCUUCAAGGCCAAGGCCGCCGACAUGCAGACCGAGCUCGACACCAUGUCAUCCAACAGCACCCUGAUGACCAGCUGUGCCGUCAUUGCCGCCCACGAGGACGCCGUCGAUAGCUGUGACAAGAUGCAGAGCUGGGAGAAGAGCAUUGCCGCCGCCGCCAACGGCACCAAGCUCACUGACAAGUUCGACGGCAACGCCACCAAGGUCACUGCUUUCCAGGCCAAAGCCAGCAGCGAGGCAACCAAGCUUGCCGCCCUGGCUUCCAACAGCACCUUGACCCAGUUCUGCUCCGUCCAAUCCACUCUCUCCGACUGCAAGACCAUGUCCAAGCUGCAGAAGGAGAUGGCCUUUGUCAACAACGCCACUGCUCUCUCUGCCAAGUUGGACGGAAACCAAACCAAGAUCGACAAGGCCACUGCCAAGGUCGCCAAGCUCCAGUCCAAGCUCGAUGCUCUCAUCUCCAACUCUACCCUGAUGAGCACGUGCUCGUCCCUGACUCAAGCUUCUGCCGACGGCACCACCACCGCUGACAACGCCGCCUCCUCCACUACCGCUGCCUCCGCCGCAGGCAGAGUCGAGGCCGCCGGUGGCAUGAUUGCCGCUGCCGUCCUUGCCAUGACCGCCGCCUUGUUCAUGAUGUAA